GUUAUGAAUUCAUCAUUCCAGGUUGUUGCCCACACGUCAUACAAUUUGCAACUAAAACAAUCAAUUCGUCAUUUCUAGUUGAAUUAUCUCCCUGUUUUUUCCUAUUUCUAUUCAAUAUUUUCCCCACUUUGAUCUCUCUUUCAAAAAAAGUCGAUUCCUUUUCAAGUUUAAAUUAAAGGAAAAAUGGAUUUGCCUGCUAUUAUGGUAAUUAUUCCUGUUGGACUAAUUUUUCUUAUUUCAGGCCUCAUUGUUAAUCUUAUCCAGGCUAUUCUUUAUGUUCUAGUUCAACCAAUAUCAAAGAACAUGUACCGAAGAUUCAACAAAGUAGUUGCAGAACUAUUGUGGUUGGAGCCUGUCUGGCUCUUUGAUUGGUGGGGAGGAGUGAAGGUAGAGCUACACACUGAUUCUGAGACCUUCAAUUUGAUGGGUAAAGAACAUGCUCUUCUUAUCUCCAACCACAGAAGCGACAUUGAUUGGCUUAUUGGAUGGGUCUUAGCUCAGAGGUCAGGUUGCCUGGGUUGUACUAUGGCUAUCAUGAAGGAUGUUUUAAGGUAUCUCCCGGUUAUGGGUUGGUCGAUGUGGUUUUCUGAAUAUGUCUUUGUCAAAAGGAAUUGGGCUAAGGAUCAAAGCACCCUAAAGUCAGGUUACGAGAAAUUAAAAGAUUUUCCCGUUCCAUUUUGGUUGGCGCUCUUUGUUGAAGGAACUCGUUUCACACAACCGAAACUGUUAGAUGCUCAGAAGUACGCUAUUUCAAAAGGGUUCGAUGCUCCCAAAAAUGUGUUGCUCCCUCGUACAAAGGGUUUCAUUCAAGCGGUGCAAAAUCUGAGGCCAUUUGUUCCAGCUAUAUAUGAUGUUACUCUCGCCGUAGCUAGAGAUAAGCCCCCACCUUCAAUGCUAACUAUACUGAAGGGAAAAUCUUCUGUGGUGAAAGUGCAUAUUAAGCGGCAUUUGAUGCAUGAUUUGCCUGAAAAAAGCGAUGAUAUUUCUCAAUGGUGCAAAAACGUGUUUGAGGCUAAGGAUGCUUUUCUGGAAAAUUACUUUUUGGGUGGCAGUUUUGGUAAAGAAGAAAUGCAAGAUAUUGGUCGAUCAAAGCAAUCAUUAAUUGUGAUGAUUAUGUGGUCGUGUUUACUUAGCGUGGGUGCUAUCGGAUUCUUGUUAUGGACGAGACUCUUCUCAACUUGGCAAGGAAUCCUAGUGUCAGCUGUUUUUCUGCUUCUUGUUAUAGUCAUCAUGCAGAUCCUUAUUCUGUUCUCACAAUCAGAGCCUAGUAUUGAUUCUAUGCCCAUCAAGAUACUCCCACAAGAUUCAAUGAGGGACAUUCUUCUCAAGAAAUGAGUAUCAGGCUCAGUGCAAAUAUCAAUACGACACCCUUAUCAGGGCCAAGAGGCGAGAAUUCAUGUAAUCCUAGUCAUACAGGUGAAGCUAUUCGUUCAUUGUAUUCUUUAUUCAUUUGAUUCAAACAUUUACGUUCUUUUUAGUGGCUCGAUCUUUUUGUCGACGCCUCAGGUUGAUGUACAGUGUGAAGCAUAGUGCAAAAACAAGGCCGCACCUUAUUGCGACCGUAUUGUAAAGGUUUUUGAUUUUACUGCAACCGAAAUAGACUGCAUUGAUCGUGAAUAUCCGUAUUAGACGUAAAAUCCGUUACGUGACCAUUACCGCGACCGUGACUGAAACGUAUUUUUGUAUGAAGACCCAUGUUUUGGAAGAUAGCAAGGGAAGGUUGGAUGCUUGUAGAUGUUUUUGAAAUGCUUUGUAGGCAGAUUUUAGCAGUGAUUAAUAGUAUGAGACCUUAUAAUUGUAUUCAAUUUUUGGUGUGCUUUUACAUGGAAUGUGAUUGUGUUGGCUUCA